GGAAUAUAGCCCCUCGCGUCUUCACAAAAACUCAUACAGCAACGCAAACGCAAACCAAGAGGAUACAACCAAAAUGGCCGUUCCGGGGAGGCGUAACGGCCUAUUGGAAGAAGAUGAUGAUGGUUUCAUAGAUGAGAAUGCUGUCUUCGAGGAAGACGCAGUCGAUGCUGACCUCGACUUUGAGCUUCCGGUGCACCUCCGCGACUUCAGCACCGCCGCUCAGAUCGGCGAUGUCGACGCACUGCGGCUCGCUAUUGAUAAUCUGACUGGAAGCAUUGAUGAACCAGUGGAAGAUUCGGAUACAGCUCUACAUCUGGCCUGUCUCUAUGGCUAUCUGCCUUGCGUCCAGUUGCUCUUGGAAAAAGGUGCUAGCUUGGAGGUUAAGGAUGAAGAUGGAGCAAUUCCUUUGCAUGAUGCGUGUGCUGGGGGUUUCACUGAGAUAGUAGAGUUUAUUCUUAAUAGAGCUAAUGGUGCCGAACAUGUGAAAAGGAUGCUAGAGACUGUGGACGUGGAAGGUGAUACUCCUCUUCAUCAUGCGGCAAGAGGUGAACAUGUAGAUGUAAUAAGGUUGUUGCUGGGCUCUGGAGCUUCUCCUACAAAGAGAAAUAUAUACGGCAAGACACCUAGUGAGCUAGCUGAUCCAGGCACUGAGGCCAAGCGAGUAUUAGAAGCAGCUUGAAGAUCUAUGGCUUGCUAAAGAACCGCUUUGCCCAUUGGCGGAAGAAAGUUCAGAAUCUGUACUGACUGUGGAAGGAGUUGUUGCUUGUGAAAGGAGAAAAAGAAAUGGUGUUUGGAGAUUUGAGUAGUUUAAAUAGUUUAUUUUAAAGCCCUCUUUUAUUUAACAAAAGAGGGCACACAGAUGAUAGAUAAGAGUUUAAACUCAUAAUGUGUUUGUAAACUGAGAUUGAAGAUGUUAUAUUAAUUAAAGGCGCAAUUGGAUGAUAUUGAGUUGGAAAAAGAUCAUGGAGGAGGAAUUCUGAUUGUAUUGGUGGAAGUGGCUGAUGGGAAUCUAUUAUGAAAAACUAAUACCAGUUGUUGAA